AUGAAUACGUUACUGAUUCCAAAUAUUGUGGAUGAUUUUAAUAAAAAUACUUUUUCUGAAUUCACUGAUAUGAAUAACAAGGAUUAUUUUGCUGAGAGUAUUUUUUUUGAAUUUAAUGAUAUAAAUAAUAAACUGUUAGUAUCCAACAAGGUUUCUUAUUUGACAGAAGUUACUGAAUCGAAUAUAGUUGAAGCUAUAGAAAGUAUUGAAAAUACAAUUGAAGCUAUAGAAGCUACUGAAGAUGCAACUGAAGCUAUAGAAGAUAAUGAAGAUGAUAGUGAAAAGAUUUUAUACCCUAUUAUAUUGAAUAUAGUUUUUACAAAUUGGAAGAAAUUAGAUGG